AUGGACGCCGAACGCCCCAACCUAUCUACUACUUUACCAAGGAACUUCAUGUUUCAUUACCGUGACGGCCCGGCUCCACAGACACCCGAGCCAGAGCCACAACCCGAACAGCUGCAACCGCCGCCGCCGCCUCGACAAGUGCUCAAGGUCCGUCGUCGCCGUGCCACCAUGGCCUUGAACCACGACAGCAUGGACGCAGUCAUGGACCAGCAACCUAUCCCAACCAUUGAGGCCCCCGAGAUCAUGUCCGAAACUUCUAGCGAUCUGCCACCAUACUCACUGCCACAAAACGACGCGUUCCUGUCUCCAGGAUUCGGCUUCAGUCGUAUCCUCUCUCCGCCCAAGACUCCUGUCGCGCAGAUGAGAACCAUCAGCCACUACGAAGGACCUCAGGACUGGUCUGACGUCCCACAUGUCAGUCAGAGUGAAUCAUCAAGCAGACCUACCUCUUCGUCGGGCUUCUCAGACUCGUCUGUCUCGUCUUGCGAUAGCAUUGGAUCAUUCAUGUCGCGAAGCGGCAGCUGCACCAGUCUAGAAGACGAAUCAUCAGAUCCCUUCGCGUUCUGCCCACCCGCGAACAAACCUCAACGUCCGACCUCACCUUCGAUGGCUACCCCACAACCUCGCCCUGCUAAGAAGCUAAGAUUGAGAGCAUCCUUCAAUCAAGAAAUGGAUCACCACUUGUGGAUGACUUACAUGAAGUAUCUCCAAGAUCCUACAGUGACGCCGUUCAAGGCUCUGCCGAGCACGACUCCCCCGAAUGGAGUAUGCCAUCGCGUGGCGAGGAUGGCCCGCAAGACCUGGAAGGGCCCAAAGCACACUCGCGCUGGCCCGCACGCGACCCCACAAUCCCACCCCCUGACUGGUACACCAAGUGCCCUAAGGUCGAUAAGGAGCGGCAACAACACACCUAUCACUCUGUCAAGCAAGUCAUCAACACGCUUCCCUAGCGAGAAGCAAUGUCGAAAGCGACUACGAGACUUGGCCAAGCAGAAGCCGACUCUGUCUGCACACUAUCAGCGUAUGCUUCGUCGAUCGCCUUCGCCGCUACAAUCCUCUCCCCCACCUGAGCCAGAGCCGCAACCGAUGCAACCGAUGCAACAGACGCAACCACAGCAACAAGAACAGCAACCGUUGUCCUCGCCUUUCGGCUCUGCUAGCUUUUCCACAAGGGACAUGAAUCUGUCGCUGGCUACAAGCACCGCAGCGUCGAUGCAGUUGGGUAACCCGUUGUCGCAACUUACCAAGGAUAUAACACCGAGACCGUCGCCGCGAACAUGGUCAAGUGCGCGUUCUUCUGCUCACCAGAAGUCGCAAUCGCUCCAUAUCGGUCUGGGAUUGGGCAACGUGCUAGGCUCACCAUUCCAUGCGAGGUCUGAGUCUACCAACAGCAAGAUGAACCAGAGCAACGCGCGAACGUGGCACGCGCAGUCAUCCUCUUCCCAAACACCACGUCUCGGCUCACCUUUUCAAUUGCACGCGCCUCGACCCAAGUCGAGGGUGUUCAAGCGACGCGCGCUUCACAACAGCUUCGAAGAUAGAGCACGAAACCGUGGAGAGAGCUUCGUCAACGAGAUGUUUGGGGCACCAGCCGAGUCAAGCCAUCGUCGUGUAAGGAGCCGUGGUUUCAGCUUGGGCGACAUGAUGGAAGGUGCCCGGCGACUACCUCUAGUAAAUGACCCAUCAGGGUUCAAUCCGUUCGCACAUGCUGGAUCUGCUAUGCCUAGCCCAGCUCAGACCUCGCCUGCCGUGCCAGCAGAUGUUCAAAGUAAAGGUACUGUUCGACUAGGCUCACCAUUCGUUGGUCGAUCAAGUAAUACCUUUCCUCGAGCGGCACUCUCGCAUAGCUUCGAGCCUCCAGCUUCGUUCGAACAGCGUUUCGCCGGCAUGCCUAGCGACUCGGCACACCUAUAUCGAUCGUAG